AUGCCUACUGCUAGUGAUAGUGCAGAAACUAUUUGUGAAACUGCAAGUAGUGAUCCAGGACCUAGUAAAAUAGACGAAACUUUAGAAGAAAGUGAUGAGAGUUUUGAAAAUCUGCAGUCAACGGAUAGUGAAUCACUUUCAGAAGCUGAUUCUGAAACGGAAGAUUGCGAAGCAAAAUUUGAGAGCUGGAUAAAAUCUCGACAAAAUCCGGAAUUAAAACUCUCGAGUAGAUCGCAUGUGCCAGGGCCUUUAGAUUUGUCGCAGACGAAAGUGGAUGAACCAAAACAACCUGUUUUACAGUUCUACCCAAAAACAAAAUUUUUAAAUAAGUUUCGUCAGUUCAAUAAAGCCUGGUACAAUACCUUUCCGUGGGUAGAAUAUAGUGUCAGUGCCGAUAGCGUAUAUUGUUUUGCGUGCAGACAUUUCUCACCUCAUGCAUCAGAUCAAAAUUCAAAUGUGGCAUUUAUCAGUGUAGGUUUUAAAAACUGGAAAAAAGCAAUGGACCAAACAAGUGGGUUGAAACUGCAUAAUUCAAGUUCUGACCACAAAAGCUGCAUGAUCAAGUGGAGUUCUUUUAAACAAAUUAAAGCAUCUGGAGAAGGAUCAGUUGCGGGACAGUUAAGUGAAGCUCAUUUGAAUUUAGUGAAAGAGAACAGACUGUAUGUAAGUAUCGUUGUGGAUGUUAUACUUUAUACAGCAAUGCAAUGUAUUGCCCAAAGAGGAUCCAAAGAAAAUUCAGCGAGUAGUAACCGAGGAAAUUUUCUGGAACUGUUAUCAUUGUUUGCAAAGUAUAAUGAUGUCGUAAAAAAGAAAUUGAAUGAAGAGGGUCACAAAAAUUCAAAAUAUACUAGCCCGAAAAUCCAGAACGAAAUUUUAUUUAUUAUUUCACGAAUGACGUUGGAAAAAAUUUCCACGGAAAUUAACAAAGCGUCAUGUUUUGCCGUAAUAUGUGACGAAACAAAGGAUAUUAGCAAAACCGAGCAGGUGUCGGUUGUACUUCGAUAUUAUUUGGAUGGUACCGUUUACGAAAGAUUUAUUGGAUUCCACGCGGCCCAAGACUUGAAUGCAAAUUCCUUAUUUUCUUAUAUUAAAAAUUUGUUGCAACGGUGUUCUGUAGACAUCAAGAGGUGUGUUGCCCAAACCUAUGAUGGUGCCAACGUAAUGAGUGGUCGUGUGGGUGGUGUGCAAAAAUUAUUUACUGAUGAGGUCGAACAAGCCAUCUACGUGCACUGCUACAGUCAUAGAUUAAAUCUGGUAGUAGUUGAUAUCUGUCGCAAUUUGACUACGGCAAAUUUGUUUUUUGGUUUGAUAGAAAAUUUGUAUGUAUUUGUGUCUGGUUCUGCAAUACAUGCACAAUUUAUUAAUAUACAGAAAGAACUCCGUCCAAACAAAAAACCGAUUGAACUCAAAAAAAUAUGUUACACAAGGUGGACGGCUCAAGUUUUCGCUUGCUUAUCUUUAAAAAAGGUGUUUUCUGAACUGUUGAUUUUGUUAAAUAAAUUAAGUGUCAGUAAAAGUGCUCGGUCAGCAGAAGCUCUUGGACUUCUACAUCAGCUGGACUAUACUUUCAUAUUUAAUUUAUGCAUGUAUAGUCAAUUGUUGUCUAUUUUCAAAAAUGCCAGCGAUUAUCUACAAAAAGUCACAUCAAAUCUUUCAGAAGCAAACAUUUUAAUAACUUCUAUUUACGACACAAUAAUGAAGAUGAGAACUGAUGACAAAAAUGAAACCUUUAUGGAAAUAUUUUCUGAAACAGAGAAAAUAUGUGCUGACAACAACAUACCAAUAGAAGCAACAGCAAGAAGAAGAAAAAUGCCAAAGAAAUAUAUGUCAUACUUGGUCACUGAAGAACUAAAUAAUUUGGAACGCAGUGAAAUAUUUAAUAGAGAAGACUAUUUACACAAAAUAUUUUAUCCCGUUCUGGACUUAAUUACAAAUGAAUUACAGAAUCGUUUCGAAAAGAAUUCACCAAUUGUCAACGCAUGCGACGCCUUACAUCCCGAGAAUCCCUCAUUUUUAAACUACGACAAAUUAUUACCCAUGGCACAACAUUACCACAGUGAACUCGAAAUUUUACAAGCGGAACUUAAAAUAAUUCCAAAUACAAUUAAACAAUAUCAAAUAAAAACAAAAGUGAAUAUUAAAAAUAUUAUGGAUUUUAUAGACAUGCUACAAAAAUGGAUUUGUGUAUGUUCCACGGAAAGAUUCUCAGCGAUGGUGACGAUAACACCCCCGCAGCCCAAGUAUGGACAGUAUGAAAUAUAUUUAAAACAGCUUACUUCCGACAGUGGUCCCUAUUUAAAUAAUCUUGUGUUCCUCCUGAUAGUUCGCGAAUGCCGCUUCGAGGUUUUUCUGGAGUCCGCUCCAGGCUUUUCUUUAUGCGAACGCCGCCCGGCCGCCGUCACCGCUGAUGAGUCACACAUCAUCGCCGUACAUACUAGAAAGCCCUCGAGAAAACCGCGUAUGGUGAAGUAUCAACGUAUCACAUAUCAUUUGAUAUAUCAUCUAAUUCGUGCGCUGGAAGUGGAGGCGGCGCACAAUUCUUCAAGAACGUGUCCCAAAGUCAGAGUGGCAGAAUUAACAGCAAAUAAUAAAUGGCCUAAGUCAAGGACAACAGAACGGUUGCGCCUCCUAAGAAAAUCGUGGAGUAUUAUAGAUGUGGGCGCCAGGAACAUCUCAAACGCCAUUGUCGUGCUCGAUCACCAGCUCUAA